AAAAAAAAAAAAAAAAAAAAAAAAAAAAAAAAAAAAAGGUCGGCAACGGGCAUAAAAAAGAAGAAACGAAAAAUCAACAAAAGACAGAAUAUCUCUUCCCUCUUUAAUGUCACCCACAGGCAGCAGCAGCGCAACCGCUGCAGCCGCUGCUCAUGACCGGGAGCUCAUAAGCGUCCUUUUCCAAGAGAGGAUAGCAUCUGGAGAUGCUCGUCCGCUGCUGAUCGUCCACAGCCUCAUCGCCAAUUUCGCCAUACCGUGCCUGUAUCUAGCCGUGCCGCACAGAGGUCGACCAUGGCUCUACCGCGCGCGCUUCCUCGUCGCCGCCCUCGUGGCGUUGCUGAACCUCGAGAUGGGUCGUCACACGAGGAGUGACAACCUUGCCGUCACAUACGCCACGGGCAUCCUUGCUGCCUGGGGUACUCUGUGGGCUUUGACCAGCCUGGUCAUCAGGCGCCCGCAGUAUGAUGCCGAAAGGGUCAACAAGAGACGCAAACAGCAGAAUGGGUCGGCCCGUGGGAGGAGCGGCUCUUCGUCUCGGGCUUCUCCUGAACGAGCAUAUAGCUCUGCCUUGUCUUCGUCUGGGAUCGAAAAUGGCAACGGUAGUAAAACCAAUGGUGUUAGCAAUGGCACCAGCAACGGCAACGGCAGCGAAAGGCUCAUCACCAAGCGUAGGAGGAAGUCGGUUCGUUUCCUUGUGGCUCCAGACGAGGAUGUUGCCAAGUCCAUUUUCAACAAUGACAUGGAGUACUACUGGCAAGCGUUCCCAGAGGACGCCCCAUUUCGCGAGAGGCUGAGUUGGGCAUACGAUUAUUACACUGCAUGGCGGGGCUCCGGCUGGAAUUUUGCUAUUCCAACCAUACCAAGUUUUGAUCCUCCACGACAAUCCCGCUCGGGAGAGUUGGUCCAGAUCGAGACAAUACCAAUAAGAUCCAGGGCUGGCGUUACACGUCCUGCCAGCAACAGAGAGUUAUUGCUCACCAGACUCGGAAGACCGGUGUUGGCAUAUCUGGCACUCGACGUCUGUGCCACUCUCAUGAAGUAUGAUCCUUAUUUCCGCACCGGUCGUCACGAGGUAGCCCCAUCCCCGUCGGCCCCGUUGGCUCCCCAUCUACCUCCCGCCUUGCUGUACAUAUACAGGAGCGUCCUCGCGUCCAUGAUAGUCUUCAAUGCCCUGUGGGCUCUGUUCUCGCUCGACCAGGUCAUCAGGCGCUGGCUGAUGACCACGCUCUUCGGCAAGGACGUCCGCACCGAACUGUGGCAAUACUCGGACACGUUUGGAUCCUUUGUCCAGAUUCUCGACCACGGCCUCGGCGGUCUAUGGGGACGAUCCUGGCACCAGACCUUUAGGAUAGGCUUCACUGCACCGUCGGUGCUCCUGCUCGCCGGGACCAAGAACAAGGCCGCCAAGAAGCUCCUCAGCUCGCUGGUUGCAUUUUGCAUCUCGGGCGCCAUGCACGCCGCGGGAAGCUUCACCAUGCCGCGCGGCGCCAGGCCCUGGAUGCCCUGGCUGUUCUUCAUCCUGGCCUGGGUCGGCACCGUCGUGCAGACGACCCUGUACUACGGCCUGCGUCUCGACCGCGUCGCUCCGAGGCUCCCGAGCCUCGCGCCGAGGACGUCGAAUCUGCUCUUCUCUUGCGCUUGGAUGCUCCUGACCUGCUGGGUCUUUGUCGACGACAUGUGCCGCGCCGGCAUGUGGAUGUUGGAGCCCGUCCCCUUCUCCUUUGCGCGGGCCGCUGGCUUGGGUUUGCCCGGCGACCAAGACCCUUGGCGGAUCAAGGAGCCGCUCAUAUAUUGGCAUUCAGGGAGACAUUGGUGGGAUACUGGACUUGCUGCCUGAUGUUUCUUUUGGGGGGGAUUUUGUCUUGGAUUUUUUUUUUACAUCUCAUGAACUACCAAUACCAACGAGUGAAUGGAUCAACACAAAUUCUUUUUGCGAUGGGCGAUUCUACGAUAGAAAUCACGAUACCCUUGAUCUUGGCUACUUGGACAUGGCGCUGCGGUAUGGAUUAGACAUUAUUAAGAAUAUUGCUCCAGAGGCCUCGGAAUAGACUUUGACAUUGAGCAAAAAGAAAAAAAAAAAAAGAAAAAAAAAGUUUUUGGGCAGUCCGUCGCUCCCUCCCUACACAUUGCAUGCUGGGA